CGCGGCGGUGCUGGUGAGAGGUACAACAAGGGCUUAGCUUGGUUAAGGAAUUAGAAACGACAACUCAGACGGACUGAAAUUAAAUACCAGACACACGUUGACUGGCUGGGGGGGGAAACAACGCGUAAUUUGUAGAGAUCUCUGAUUUAAGGAGAUUCGUAUUCGGGACAUAGGCCUACAUUGUAAUAAAAAAACCUUUUCAUUGCAGAAGAUGCGUUCCACUGUGUGUUUCACCUUCUCACUCCUGUGCGUAAUGAGCGCGGCGCUUUCCACCCCGUUUGAGUCUGAGGAUGUUGUACCUGUUCGGAUAAACGCGAGAAUCAGCGGCCGCUUUUGGAAAAGAAGCGAGGAACAGCCAAGAUUUACCCUCAGCGCAUUUGGCAAGGACUUGACCCUGAAUCUUAUCCCAGACAACGGCUUCCUCGCGCCGUCCUUCACCGUACAGCGCGUCAGAGCCAGAGACGUUGGUGCUUUACGCAGCGUCUCAGGUGCCCGUCCCGUCGCGGAUCUCCAGACGGAGGAGAGCGGAGGACAGCUGAGGGGUUGCUUCUACUCAGGGAUCGUGGAUCACGACCAGAGCUCGGUCGUGGCUGUCAGUUUGUGCUCCGGCAUCUUCGGUUCCUUCAUAACGGAGGGGAAAGAGUAUUUCAUUGAGCCCAAACUUCGCGGGGGCCUGGGGCCAGACUCUGCAGAGCAGCUGCAUGUCAUCAAGAGGAGGACAUACACCAAAAGUCACGGUGUUCCCCUCCUGUUUGAUUACCCGGCGACGGCGGCGGCGGAGGCGAAGCAAAAUGGGGAAACUUUUACGCACGGUGACGGUGACGCACGGAGGGAACCUCGCCGGAGACGCUUUGUUUCCGCGCCUCGGUUCAUAGAGACAAUGGUGGUGACGGAUUCAACCAUGACCCACUUCUAUGGAGAUGAAAUAAAGCAAUAUGUUCUGACCCUGAUGUCGAUGGCUGCCCAGCUUUACAAGCACCCCAGCAUAAAGAACUCGGUGAACAUGGUGGUGGUGAAGAUGUUGGUGGUGGAGGACGAGGAGGUCGGCCCGCAGGUCUCCAGCAACGGAGGUGUGGCUCUGAGGAACUUCUGCUCCUGGCAGCAGUUCUUCAACCCACCGAGCCAGAGGAAUCCAGAGCACUACGACACGGCCAUGCUCUUCACCAGAGAGGACAUCUGCGGACAGAAGAGCUGCGACACGCUGGGCGUUGCCGAUGUCGGGACGAUGUGCGACCCCAAGAGAAGCUGCUCGGUUAUCGAGGACAACGGCCUGCAGGCCGCCUUCACAGCUGCACACGAGCUCGGUCAUGUGUUAAGCAUGCCUCACGACGACUCCAAGACCUGUGAGAGGCUGUUUGGAGAUCUGGGAGGACAUCACCUGAUGGCUCCUCUGUUUGUCAGCCUCAACAAGACGGCGCCUUGGUCUCCCUGCAGCGCUCUGUACAUCACGGAGUUCUUUGACAAUGGACACGGGGACUGCCUGCUGGACAUCCCAGAGAGCACCAUGCCGUUACCGAGAGAGCUGCCAGGCACCAAGUACAGCCUGGACCAGCAGUGCCAGCAGAUGUUUGGAGAGGAGUUCGUCCAAUGCCCCAACUCCUCAGACAGUGAUGUCUGUAGCCAGCUGUGGUGUCAGGAGGACGGGACGCUGCAGUGCUCCACCAAGAACGGCAGCUUGCCCUGGGCCGACGGCACCCCCUGCAGCCGCAACGGGACCUGCCUCCACGGGGCGUGCAUGCCGACCCAGGAGGUGAUGCAGCCACUGGUGGCUGUGGACGGCGGCUGGAGCUCGUGGGGGCCGUGGCAGCGGUGCUCCAGAACAUGUGGAGGCGGGGUGGAGUUCUCAUACAGGGAGUGCACUGACCCGGUGCCUCUGAACGGAGGGAGGUACUGCGAGGGACAGAGGGUCCAGUACCAGUCCUGCAACACGCAGCCCUGUGACGACAACGACGGAAAGAGCUUCAGAGAGGAGCAGUGUGAGAAGUACAACAGCCCCAGCUACCUGGACUUCAGCGGGAACAUGAAACAGUGGAUCCCAAAGUACGCCGGUGUUUCUCCCAGAGACAGAUGUAAGCUGUUCUGCAGGGCCAGAGGCAGCAGCGAAUUCAAGGUGUUUGAAUCCAAGGUGAUCGACGGGACGACCUGCGGCCCCGACACCACAUCGGUGUGUGUCCAAGGCCAGUGUGUGAAGGCCGGCUGCGACCAGGUGAUUGGAUCCAACAAGAGGGUGGAUAAGUGUGGAGUGUGUGGAGGAAGUGAGCUCACCUGUAGAAAGAUCACCGGCUCGUACAACAAAGCAACUUAUGGAUACAGCGACAUUGUCACGAUCCCUGUUGGCGCUACUAACAUUGACAUCAAACAGCGGAGCCACAGGGGAAUCAAACAUGACGGGAACUACCUGGCCAUAAAGAGGCAGAGCGGCGGUUACAUCCUCAACGGUAACUUCUCCGUGUCCACGGUGGAGCAGGACAUUCCCGUGCUGGGUGCCGUGCUAAAGUACAGCGGAUCCUCCACCACGCUGGAGAGGAUCCAGAGCUUCAGGCAGCUGAGGGAGGUCAUCACCAUCCAACUCCUCGCCACUGCCGGGGACGCCAACCAUCCCAAGGUCAAAUAUACUUUCUUCAUCCCCAGAGAUGUGACCUUCAACAAAUCCAAGGAGAGGAAGGGCUCGUCGCUGUCCUUGCAUAUGAUCCAUCCGUUCGGUGUGCCCGACUGGCUGCUGGGGGAGUGGUCUGAGUGCUCCAAGAGCUGUGGCUCCGGGUGGUCCAGGAGGAAUGUUGAAUGCCGUGACAGCGCGGGCUUCCUGUCCAGCCAGUGCGACAAAGACCUGAAGCCCGUGGACAUCAGGCCCUGCGGGGAUCUGCCGUGCCCCAUGUGGCAGAUGGGACCUUGGUCUGUCUGCUCGCGAACUUGUGGCCAGGGGGAGCGCCGCCGCAGCGUCUUCUGCAUAGACUACACGGGGAAGACUGUUGAACCAGAGAAGUGCGAUGCAAACAAAAUCCCAGAGCCCGUCUUCGGAGAAUGUCUCAACCAAGAGUGCUUAUGAGGAACAUCAGUAGAGUGAACUUUCCGUUUUUUGGUCCGACUGCACUUACCAAGCAAUGGAUGGAUUACUGAAUGGGCACACUGGGCACAGGCCAAAGUGUCGGCGGCAGAGACACAAAACAACCACAAAGAGACAAAAAACUACCACAAA